AUGGUUCUGAAAAUUGCUCCAAUAUUGAAGAAGAAACCUACGAGGAAGUUAAUGAUUCAGAAGAAAUUGUGGAAGAAGAACCAACGCAGUCUGGAAAUAAUGUUGGAGACCAAGAAGGUUCUUAUAUGCCUUACGGGAGGAAAAAGUUCAACAGUAUUAUUAGAUUUAAUUUUUAAUGGUUUAUCUCAAGAUAAUCAUAAAAAGUUAAGAAUUAUUCCUUUUUUUUUGCAUUUAACAGGUAUUGAACAGAAAGAACAUGAUCUUAAAACUGCAGAAUUAAUAAUAAGGCAAUGUCAACAUUAUAACUUUAAUAUAUAUGUUGUAAACAUCAGUAAAUUCUAUUUACAAAAUAAUAACACCCUACCAGAGCAGAACAGCACAACAGAAAUAAUAAAUUGGACCGUAAGUGAUCCAGAGGCAAAUAUCAAAGAAAUUUUAAAAAAACUAACACCUACAACCAGUAAUGAUGUUGAAAAAAGAAUAAAGCGAGAUAUAUUUAUAAGAGUUGCAAGUGAACUUCAAUGUAAAUACAUUUUUACUGCUGAAACUACAACAACAUUGGCAAUAAAUUUAUUAUCCAACCUUGUUAUUGGAAGGGGCUCACAAGUUGAAAACGAUGUAGGGUUUUCUGAUAACCGUCAUGAAAAUAUAAAAAUCCUAAGGCCAAUGAAAGAUAUUACUGAAGAAGAACUGCAUCACUAUAUAAAAGUUAACAAACUGAAUUCUGUAUCUACAGAUCACAUAAGAAAAAAUAGUUUACAGUCUACCAUAAAAACAUUUGUAUCUGAUUUACAAGAAAACUUCCCAGCAACAAUUUCCACUGUGUGCAAAACUGCUGACAAAAUAAGCUCCACAGAGAAUAAUCCUAAACGGUGCCAAAUGUGUAAAAGCUAUUUUAACAUGAUGACUGAAAAGAUGACAGCAAUACAAGCAACAAUUUUUUCAAGAACUGUUUCAAAUUGUCAACCAAGUGAAUAUUACAAUGUUGAUCAAAAUACGAACGUAAAGUCACCGCUCGACCACCAUCACCAUAAAACGUCAAUGUUCCCUUAUAUUGAUAAUAAACUUUGCUACAGUUGUAGCAAGAAUUAUUUGGAAAGAGGAUUACAAGACAUAUUUGAAAUUAAAAGCAAUCCA